GUUCUUGCAAUUCAAUUGCUGCAAAUUGCAAAGACAGCCUCCCUGACUCACAGCUCGGAGUUUUUGGUAGCUUCCUCCCAGAACCCUUCAACCCACCAUCCAAAGCCCAAUGUUCGUCUUAAACCCCUGCACCCCUUCCGUCCAAUUGCUCCACCUUUCACCACCCCAAACAUUAUCCCAUCAACCUAAUGACUACCCGCCAUUUUUAACAGCUGGAGUUCCACGUCAAUACCAUUUCCACAAGAGGAAUUUUGCACUCUUCACUAAGGCGACCGAAAACUAUAGGCUCGAAACGAAUAACCUGCAAGACAAUGAUGCAGACAACUAUUAUGAGAAUGAUGAUGAUGAUGAUGAUGAUGAUGGGGAUGAGAGUCAGUUUUCGAGUGGAAGAGGCUUUAGAGGGAGAGAAGAGGAGAAAGAUUAUGAUAGAGACCCUGAGUUUGCUGAGAUUCUUGGGAGUUUUCUUGAUAACCCAGAUAAAGCUAGGUCUAAAAUGGAGGACAGAUUGAGAAAGAAAAGAAACAGAAUAUUACAUACAAAAACUGGUUCAGCAGCCCCCAUGAAAGUGGUAUUCAACAAAUUUGAGUUCUCAAAUUCAUAUAUAUGGUUUGAGUUCUAUAAUGCCCUUCUGGAGAAAGAUGUUUCCUUGAUAUGUGAUACUAUUCGGUCAUGGCACAUUGUUGGACGACUGGGAGGAUGCAAUUCAAUGAAUAUGCAACUGUCACAAUCUGCUUCGGAUAAAAGACCAAGUUAUGAUGCCGUUCAGGGAGCCAAUGUCACACCAACCACAUUUUAUAACAUCGGAGAUCUUGAGAUUCAAGAUAACUUAGCCCGUAUAUGGGUAGACAUUGGGACUAGCGAACCAUUGCUUCUGGAUGUUUUGAUUAAUGCUUUGACACAAAUAAGCUCUGACUACGUCGGGAUCAAGCAAGUGGUGUUCGGCGGGUCUGAAUUCGAGAACUGGAGAGAAAACUUGACAUCAGAGGAUGCAGGGUUCAGCGUUCACAAAAUUUGAGCAGCGACACUCUUGCCUUGCACAAUUUCCGAUAUUUCUCAACCUAGCGAAGAAAUGAACUGGGUCCCAGAUGACAGAUUAAAAAUGGUUUCCUGGAUUUGAGAUUGCUUUUGAAGGAUACAUUUCAGCUGAACUCGAUGAAUGCAUGUCAAGGGAAAAGGAAGUGAAUUUGAUGAACCGCUUGUCAUGGCAGCUAAUUUGCGUUCCUCAUUCUUAUUGAUGAAUCACUAGGAACAUACCAAGCGAGUUUCAACGGGAUGAUGGGAGCAAGAUGACAAAAACUAGAAGCCACAAAUUGAAAGCUGUAAUUCAACAAUUUUUCUUAAAGGAAAAUGUUUUCUUACUUAUUUACUUAUCACCUGUAAUGAAGCCCAGAAGUUCAGAUAGCAACCAGACUACAAUUA